AUGGCCAUCCAGACCCUCCAGGGCGCCGAUAUCCUGGCCACGCGGUUGAACGCGGUCGUGCUGGUCCCGGAUUUCUUCCACGGCGCUGCCGCUCAGCACGACUGGAUCCCUCCGGACAGUGAGGAGAAGCAACGUUUGAUCACCGACUUGAUUGAGAACCAGGCGUCCAUCCCGAAGAACGUCGAGGUUCUGCGUGAGGCCGUUGCCGCUUACCGGACUGUGUUCCCAUCGGUGCAGAAAUGGGCUGCCCUGGGAUUGUGCUGGGGUGGAAAGGUGGCGGUUCUUGCGUCCGGUGCUGAGACUCCGUUUGCCGUGACCGGACAAGUGCACCCUGGUCGCAUGGAACAGGCCGAUGCUGAGAACCUGACCAUCCCGCAUAUCGUGCUUGCGUCCAAGGAUGAGCCCGCCGACAUCGUGAACCACUACACGGAUAUCCUCGCGCGCAACGGAAUCGGCGGCCAUGUCGAGACCUACACCACCAUGUGGCAUGGCUGGAUGGGAGCGCGGGCUCGUCUGGAUGAGAAAGAGAGCUCUGCCGAGUACAUUCGGGGAUACACCCAGAUUGCCGACUUUUUCGAAAAUAAUAACCCCCGUAAUACCUCCACAAACAUGGCCCCCUCGGUCCUCCUCUUCGGCGUCGGCAGCGUCGGCGGCGUCUAUCUCUACCAGCUCCAGCAAGCCGGCUGCACCGUCACCGCCGUGUGCCGCUCCAACUACGACGCCGUGCAGCAGCACGGCUUCACCCUGCAGAGCAAGCAAUUCGGCACCGUCACCUACCGCCCCGACCAUCUCGUGCGCACAUUAUCCGACUGCCCGCCAGACGCCGUGUACGACUAUCUCAUCGUAACCACCAAAUCCUUCCCCGCCAGCAGCAACAGCCGCAGCCCCCUCGCGGAGCAGCUCCAGCCGGCGCUCGCCAACCGCCCCAACACGACCAUCGUGCUCGCGCAGAACGGCAUCGAGAUCGAGCCCGAGAUCGCCGCCGCCUUCCCGGCGAACCCGCUCCUCAGCGCGGUGAUCUACCUGCCCGCGACGCAGAUCGCCCCGGGCGUCAUCGAGUACCCAGAGACGCUCAACGUGCUCGAGCUGGGCACGUAUCCGGCGGACGCGCCGGCGGCGCACAAGGCGUCGGCGCAGGUGCUCGCGGAGCGCAUGCGCGCCGGCGGCAGCGACGUCUCCGUGCUCGAGGACGUGCAGACCGCGCGCUGGGCGAAGCUGAUCGUCAAUGCGUCGUGGAACCCGGUGUGUGCGCUGGCGCUGUGCACGGACGGCGACUUUCUGCGCUGCGCGGACCCGUUUGCGCGCGACCUCGUCUGGGGCAUCAUGAUGGAGAUUGUGGCGCUGGCGAAGGCGGCGGGCGUGCCGGGGGUCGAUGAGGAGGCGGCGGCGAAGCGCAUGGCUGUUGCGACGCGGCGCGCGGAGACGCGGACGGGUCGCGAGCCGAGUAUGUUGCAGGAUGUGCGGCAGGGUCGGCCGUUCGAGGUUGGGGCUAUUAUGGGCAAUGCGGUGCGUCUGGAGAGGAAAUGGGGGGUGGCGAUGCCCCGGCUGGAGACGGUGUAUCCGCUGGCGAAGGGACGGUAUGAGGCGAUGGUGCGGGAGUUGCGUAUGAGUAGUAGGGCAUAG